AUGCCUCAACCACCAAUGUCCAACAUUAUACAGGACCAUUUCACGGAGAAAGCGCCAAGUUUCAUCAAUAAAGCCAGGUCCAGAAUUGCCGAACCCGUUGUUGCUGCUUUCAUAGCCGGAGGAGUCGCGGGUGCGGUGUCGAGGACACUUGUAUCACCACUCGAACGUCUCAAAAUCCUCCUCCAGAUUCAGAGUGUUGGCAGAGAAGAAUACAAAUUAUCCAUAUGGAAAGCGCUCGUCAAAAUCGGAAAGGAGGAGGGAUGGAGAGGCUUCAUGCGCGGAAAUGGCACGAACUGUAUUCGCAUCAUUCCUUAUUCAGCGGUUCAAUUCGGCAGCUAUAAUUUCUACAAGAAGUUCGCUGAAUCUUCGCCAAAUGCCGAAUUAUCAGCCAUGCAGCGGCUUCUUUGUGGUGCCGCUGCCGGCAUCACAUCCGUGACAAUUACUUACCCUCUUGAUAUUGUCAGAACUCGACUCUCUAUCCAGUCAGCGUCAUUUGAAGCUCUCAGUCACCGAGGGGUUGGCGAGCAGUUACCGGGCAUGUUUACCACAAUGGUCUCGAUAUAUAGAAACGAAGGCGGUAUUGUAGGUCUUUACCGUGGCAUUGUGCCUACCGUUGCUGGUGUCGCUCCCUAUGUUGGCCUCAACUUCAUGACGUAUGAAUCGGUCCGCAAGUAUUUGACCCCUGAAGGUGAUGCGACACCAGGACCCCUGCGUAAACUACUUGCCGGUGCAGUUUCUGGUGCAGUAGCACAAACAUGCACAUACCCAUUCGAUGUUCUCCGACGGCGCUUCCAGAUUAAUACAAUGUCUGGGAUGGGAUAUCAAUAUGCAUCAAUCACGGACGCCGUAAGGGCCAUUGUGGCGCAAGAGGGCUUGCGUGGCCUGUUCAAAGGAAUUGUGCCAAACCUUCUCAAGGUGGCUCCCAGUAUGGCUAGUAGUUGGCUCAGCUUCGAGUUGACCCGGGAUUUCUUAGUGGGUAUCGACUUGGACCGCCACCAUGUGCGCGGCACCCAUCGCAAGGCGCCCAAGAGCGAGAACGUUUACCUGCAGGUCUUGGUGAAGCUUUACCGCUUCCUCGCCCGUCGUACGGAAUCCAACUUCAACAAGGUCGUCUUGCGCCGCCUUUUCAUGUCCAGGAUCAACCGCCCCCCCGUUUCGCUCUCGCGCAUUGUUUCCAAUGUGACCGACUCCCACAAGGGCAAGACCAUCGUUGUGAUCGGCACCAUCACUGACGACAACCGUCUUCUUACUGUCCCGAAGCUGUCCAUUGCAGCCCUUCGCUUUACUGCUACUGCUAGGGCCAGGAUUGAGAAGGCCGGUGGUGAGACCUUGACUCUGGACCAGCUUGCUCUGCGUGCCCCUACUGGAGCGAACACUCUCCUCCUCCGCGGACCCAAGAAUGCUCGGGAGGCAGUGAAGCACUUCGGUUUCGGCCCCCACAGCCACAAGAAACCCUACGUCCGCAGCAAGGGACGCAAGUUUGAGAGAGCCCGUGGACGCAGAAGGUCUCGCGGUUUCAAGGUGUAA